GCAUUUCAGUAGAACCAUGGAGGAACUGGUUCAUGAUCUUGUCUCAGCAUUGGAAGAGAGCUCAGAGCAAGCUCGAGGUGGAUUUGCUGAAACAGGAGACCAUUCUCGAAGUAUAUCUUGCCCUCUCAAACGCCAGGCAAGGAAAAGGAGAGGGAGAAAACGGAGGUCAUAUAAUGUUCAUCACCCAUGGGAGACUGGUCACUGCUUAAGUGAAGGCUCUGAUUCAAGUUUAGAAGAACCAAGCAAGGACUAUAGAGAGAAUCACAAUAAUAAUAAAAAGGAUCAUAGUGACUCUGAUGACCAAAUGUUAGUGGCGAAGCGCAGGCCGUCAUCAAACUUAAAUAAUAAUGUUCGAGGGAAAAGACCUCUAUGGCAUGAGUCUGAUUUUGCUGUGGACAACCUUGGGAACAGAACUUUACGCAGGAGGAGAAAGGUAAAACGCAUGGCAGUAGAUGUUCCGCAGGACAUCUCCAACAAACGGACAAUGACCCAGCUGCCCGAAGGUUGUAGAGAUCAGGACAUGGACAAUGACAGAGCUUACCAAUGUCAAGAAUUUACUAAGAAUAAAAUCAAAAAGAGGAAAUUGAAAAUAAUUAGACAAGGACCAAAAAUCCAAGAUGAAGGAGUAGUUUUAGAUAGUGAGGAAAUAAGCCAGACCAGUAAGGACAAAAUGGAAUAUGAAGAGCAAAAAGUCUCAGAUGAGCUCAUGAGUGAAAGGUGA